AUGAAUACCUUUAACCACAUAGUCAAGAUUGCCCUUUUUACCCUCUUCAUCUACACCUCGGCCAACAACGGAAUUAACGAAAAUGGCUUUGGAAAAGCUGUAGGAACAAGGAAUAUAAGAUGUCUUACUGAAAUGCACAGAGAAUUUGGAAGACGAGAAUUCGGCGCACAAGGUGAACAAGGCCAAUUUGUUAACGGGGAAGACACAAAUGAACAAAGAAAUAGAAACAGAGAAGGCUUCGAUUCUCAAAAUGACCGAUGGAAUUACAACUACCAAGGUUAUCCUGGCUCUGACCCACAAAUGCACGAAAGAGUCUACAGGAACAGUGAUGUCCCAGAGUAUUACAACAGCAACAACAACAUUAGAUACGUAUCCCCAGGAAAUAACUUCAACAAUGAAUUAUUUGAAAAAUUAAAGAACAAUGCUGUAUUUAUCGUUCCAGCGUUACUACUAGGGUUCUACGCUCUGAGGAACAUGGGAACCAACAGUUUAUUAAUGAUGGUCGCCAUUGCUGGUAUUUUAAUGUACACAAAGCACUACGUCAAUUAA